AUGAAUUAACAAGAAAAGCAAAAUGAAAAUAAAGAACCAGAAGUGAAGGAUAAUGUAGAAGAAUUUGGAAUAAAAGUGCUAUCUGCUGGUUAAAUAUUAUUUAAUUGAGUUAGAGGAGUAGAAAAAGAUUUUACUACAAAUAAGUGAAGAAGAAUCAUUCAAUUUAUAAAAUAUAUAGUCAAGGGAAGAUGAUGCUGUUUUUAUAGAAGAUGAACCAGAAAAAGCUUUGGCAAAACUUUUGACUUUGAAUUAGUAAAAUUUGCAAGAAAGGUAAUGUUAUUGUUUUACGAUAAUAUAAUAGAUAAGCUUAUACUAAACAUUUAGCUGAAUUGAUAAUUUUGAUAGGGAUUGAAGCAUAAAAAUAAUUAACAUCAAUAAUAAAUUAAGUUAUAAAUGAUGGUGAUGAAAUAAAGAAAAUCUUAAUUCAUCAACUUAAUAUAUUGAUAGAUGAAAUAGAUGUAUCUUAAAUUAAACAACAUUUAUUACCUUCAUUGAUGAAAUUAAUAAAAUAUCAUAAUUUUGACAUUUAAUCUGAGGUUCAAAAAUAAAUAGCUAGAAUAGCUUAGAAACUCACUAGUAAUGAAAUAAAUGAAUUGAUAUUAAAUGAUUUAAUACUAAUGGCACAUGAUGAAUCAAAUGAAGAAAAUAAGAUGGUGGCCUUAUAAUUUUUUGGUUCAUAUGCUCAUAUAGCCAAUUAAUAAUUUUUAGAGUCAUUCAUAUCAAUAGAACUUAUAAAUGCAAGUGAGGAUAUAAGUGUUAGAGUAAGAAAGGAAUCUAUUUAUUAAUUACCAUAAAUAGCUAAAUCAGUAAGACCUGAUUAUUUUGUAUCUAAAUUACUUCCUCAUUAUCUUUAGUAAUUCUAAAAUUAAAUAUUUUAUAUAGAAAAUCAGAAGAUAAAUCCUCUUGGCAUAUACGUAGAGCUUGUGUUGAUAUUAUUGUCAAAUUAGCAGAGAUAGCUCCUAAAUAAGUUCGAUAAAAUGAGUUAUCAAAUAAAAUGGUUGACUUUCUUAAGUAUAUUAUUUAUAUAUUUUUAUAGGGAUUCAAAUAAAUGGGUAAAAGCAUCAGCAUUCAAUAUUCUUGGAUAAUUCAUUCAUACAUUACAUGAUUGUAAUUAAAAAAAUGAAUAAUUAUUAAAUGAAUAUUGUAGAUCAACAAAUAAAGAUGUUUGUGAAUAUUUUUCAGCAGAUUAAGAAAUUUUUGAUGCUUGUGCUGCAUCUUUUCAUUAAGUUGUUGAAAUAUUUGGAUAAGAUAAGUGGCCAAAUUUAUUAAAAUUAUUAUAGAAUUUAGUGAAAAAUAAAGGAGUUAGAAAAAUAUUAGCAGAAAAUCUAUAUAUUAUUGCCAAAUCUUGUGGUCCAAGAAAUGCUGAAAAAGACUUGGUUAUAAUUUUAGAUUCAUUUUUAAAAGAUUUAAAUGAUGAAGUGAAAUAUGCAGCUGCAAAGAAUUUAUGGGAAUUUAUUAAAAUAUUUGAUGAAGAAAAAAGAGAUAAUUUAUUAGAUGUUGUUUUAAUUAUACAAGUAAAUAAAAAAAAUCUUAUCUUAUAAAGAGAGAUUAAAAAAAAUGGAGAAUACGCCAUCUGAUAGCCAAAUAAAUUAAACAUUUGGUUCCAUUAUAUAAUGUAGACAAUAUAUUUUAAAUUAUUGUUCCAAUUACAUUGAAAUUAUGUAAUGAUAUUGUAGCCACUGUAAGAAAAUAAGCAGCCAAAGAAAUGCAUUCUAUUUUGUAAUCUUUGAAUACCGAAGAUGAAACAAGUUAAAUUUAUUAUUAAUGUUUAAUUGAAAAUAUUAAAGCGUAUGGUAUCAGUCAUCGUUUUAAUCAGAGACAAGCGUAUUUAUUUAUUUCAUAUUAAUAGAUUUGCUUAUAUGUGUUCAAAAUUAAUCACCCUCAAAGAAUUUGAAUCUACUUUCUUAGAAUAAUUUGUAUCUCUCAGUUUAGAUCCUGUUAAAAAUGUGAGAAUUACUGUUGCUCUUAUAGUUUAAAAACGAUUUAAAUAAGGUAAAUUUAACAAUUAGAUCUUAGGGCAUUUCAAAAAUAACAAAAAAAUAUUAUAAAUGAUUCAAAAUCUGAAAAGCCAUAAAGAUCGAGAAGUAUUAUAAAUUCUGGACUGAG